GUACAAGAAUUUGGGGAUGAUAUGCAAAACAGGAUAAGGCUAAGAAUGAUGUGUCUGCUGUCAGCAAAGAUAUUCUCACUCCUCGUUUCAAACAGUGGUGCUAUCUACUUAAUGGUUACCGUUACCAGUUGCUAAGUCUCUUCUGGAUUGUUUAUCGACGGAAGUAUACGAAGAGCGUAAUCGAGUACGUACUUGUAUAGGCGUGGUUUGGGCUUGGGAGGAAAAUGUGAACUGAGAGAAAACUGUACAGAGCUCAUCUUCUAGGAGUUGCACGCACAUGACAUGCAGAAAGGUACAAGGUAAAAUGACAACGUACAGUUUGGCAAAUGAGCGACUCAGGACUCUGGAGGACAUUGAGAAGGAGAUAUCUUUAAUUCUGCAGAAUGCAGGGAGUGCUAUCCUGGAGAUCUCCAAGGAGAAACCAAAUGAGCGUUUAUUGGAUCGUCAUGCUGUCCAGUUCAGCACUUCUCUUCAGAAGGUUGAGUCAGAGCUUUCAAACCAGAUACGGUAUCUCACUCAGGUAUAA